AUAUUCAUUGAACUGACUGAAUGUGCAAUAACAUAUCUUUAUAUUUGCAGAGUGCAGACAAGCAGUCAUUGUUUGCUAUGGCUUUGUAGUUUUGUGUUUAUACACAAGACUGAUUAUAUUGUGGAGAUUUCUAUGCAUAUACUCUUGGGCAAAACACCAAACGCUAAGCUGCCAUGAGUUCUGACAGUGCAAGUUUCUCAUCGAAUAUCUCCAUUGUUCAUCCUGAAUACUUUUUCAUCACUGGGCUUUCAGGUACAGAAUACAGCAAUUAUUACUACAUCUUCUUGUUUUUCCUUUAUAUUGUUGCUGUAAUCGGAAACUUUAUAGUUCUUCUCAUUAUAGCUCUUGAACGCAGUCUGCACAGUCCAAAGUACAUUGCUGUGUUUAACUUGGCCUUGGCUGAUAUUGGUGAAAUGAAUGCACUGGUUCCUAACAUGAUAAAAAUGUUUCUGUUUGAGUCCCAGUACAUCUCCUAUAAUGCGUGUAUGGUAAACAUGUUUUUUGUUCACUUCUUUACUACCAUGCAGAGUUUCACUCUUGUUGUUAUGUCUUACGAUCGCUUUGUAGCUAUUUGCUUGCCAUUGAGAUAUCAUGCUAUUGUCAACAACACAGUCAUAUCUGUAGUGUUUUUAGUUUUAUGGGCGUUUAAUGUUUUUGUGCUUCUGGUUGUGGUGGGUAUGAUCACUCGACUGUCAAUCUGCAAAAGCAAUGUGAUACUGAGUUAUUAUGGUGAUCAUGGACCAGUGUAUAAGUUGGCAUGUAAUGAUAACAGCAUCAAUUCUUUUUUGGGAAAACUCAGCACAGCUUUAUAUCUAGUAGCACCACUGAUCAUCAUAUUCCUGUCAUAUGUGGGUGUUUUUCUUGCUUUAAGUAAAAUUACAACUUGGGAAGGACGUUUAAAAGCUCUGAAAACCUGUGUUGCACAUUUGUUGUUGGCGGGAUCUUUUUUCGUUCCUAUAUUCAGCAUAUACAUUGCUUCAAUCAUGAAUUCCCUCACUCCUAAUGCAAGGGUCCUCAGCACAUCCCUGUCAUAUGUGCUUCCACCAACUCUAAACCCUAUACUUUACGUUUUAAACACAGCUGAAAUCAAACAAUUAAUUAAAAAAAUUAUUAAAAACAGAUCUACCAAAACUGUGCAUGUUGCAAGCUAACUUGUUUUCUUUAUUAAUGUUUUUAGAAUGUACUAGAUGUUUUCACAUAAAUAUAUGGAGACAAAUAAUUUAGAAAUAGAUUAAGUGUACUGGGUUAUAUAUAAUGUAAAAUUCUCAGUUCAACAUGUGUUUAAGGAUAAGUUUAUGUAUUAGAGCUAAUUUUAGGAGCCUUUAUUUCACUUUUGUUAAACAUAAUACAAAGCAAACACAAUGUAAACACAAUAAAAAAGCAAAAGAUAUGUCAUGUUUCUGCAUUUUACUCAAAUAACAUGUCUAAAUCCCUGCCUUAUUGAUUGCAUUGGGUCUGUAUUGGAUUUAUAAUCGAAACAAAAAUAAAACAAGGUGGAAUUGUAUUGAUGAAGUGAAUAAUAUAUUCCUAAGAGUUGACUAGACAUGCACAAUUCUGUCUUUAUUGUGUUCUGUAUUAUAAUAUAGUACUGUAUGAUAUAGCAAGUUGUACAUGCUGACAUUCAACAUAUCAUUUUCACUAGUUUAUUUAUACAUGAAUAAAACAAUGUGUUGCAGAUAAUAUAUACACAAUGACAAUGAGCUGGGUGAACUCCUGUGAGAGACACAACUUAUAGCUACUGUGACAUUUGUACUGGCCUUUUCUUAAGAUGAUUGUCUGUCCCAAUAAAUGUAUUAUAAAUGUU